CAGUGUGUGGGCAGCGGGAGUGGUGGCAGCAUCACACACUCAGUGCCAGACUGCCAGUGCCCCCCUCACUGUCUCCUCCGCCACACACUUGUAUAAAGUUGUGUGUUGAACUCGUCAAGACCUAACUUAACCAAACUAAUAUACAAGGAAAAUAUAUAAUAAGAGUCUUCGUUAAACAGAAAUGUCGUAGAUAGAGAAAAAAGAGACAAGAGACAUAUUGUAAAUGAAAGAUGUCCGAAGUGAAACAGACCAAAAAAAGUUAAAUGAGAAAAGUUAAAGAUUUAUUGUAAAUGAGAGACCAACAGUAAUUAACUCCUCAUCACACCAACAACAUGUGCAAGGCCAAGCAACACCACGAGGCGGGUAUAGUGAAGAAAUAAGGCCAGGGGUGUAGUGUAGUGAAGUGAAGUUAGGGGUGUGUGUAGUGGGUGUACGAGCGCCAGCCAGCCAGCCAGGCAUCAUGUCUACACAGGUUACAGGCGCCCCCACCAGUACUCUCCCCGUACCUCCACCACUUCCUCCCGAUAUUUUCCCGACCGUCUUCACAGUCACCAAGAAAAAUGCCAUCAUUCUCCGCACGCAGCUCUCCGUCCGUGUGCACGCAAUUAUUGAGAAACUACUCAACUCAGAGGGCCGUGAGCUGCGGCGGGCCUUGUUCUCUCUCAAGCAGAUAUUCCAGGAUGACAAGGACCUGGUCCAUGCCUUCGUCCAGAAUGAUGGCCUCACCUGCCUCAUCAAAGUGGGCUCCUCGGCUGACCAAAACUACCAGAAUUACAUUCUUAGAGCCCUUGGACAGGUGAUGCUGUAUGUUGAUGGCAUGAAUGGUGUGAUGGAACACCAAGAGACCAUUCAGUGGCUUUACUCGCUCAUAUCUUCAAAGUAUCGUCUUGUUGUCAAGACUGCUCUCAAACUUCUCCUUGUGUUCGUUGAGUACACAGAGUCCAAUGCACUCAUUCUAGUUAAUGCCAUUGAAACCAUAGAUUCAUCAAGAGGAGAUCUGCCGUGGACAACCAUCAUGCGGCUCUUAGAAGGUCGGGAUAGUCUAGACAUGGAGCUUCUCACAUAUGCCAUGACACUAGUCAACAAGACACUCAAUGGCAUCCCUGACCAGGACACUUAUUAUGACCAAACUGACUGCCUUGAAGAACAGGGUAUAGAAACCCUAAUUGCCAAGUACAUGCACCGCCCAGACAGUGAUUUAGAUUUGCUUCAACAAUUCACUAUCUAUGAAGCAGUUCUCACCUAUGAAGAUGGUGAUGAUAUAUGCCGGACAUGCACCAUUGACCCAUCCAUCAGACAAGUACCCCGCAUAUGCUCUGCUGACCGAGAUUCCAUUGACCGUCGCAAGUCUCGCAGACACCACCAGUCACCUUCACCUUCCAAAAUGAAAAAGCCACACCAAGAGGAAGAGUCAACGCAUCAGGAAAACUCAGAGUCUGGUAAAAAAUUGGGUGUCAACCUGGAGGAUGGUGGUGGCAGACAGUCCAGCAGUGAUGAAGAUCACGUCACUGUCAUUAAUAUCAAUGGCGAGUCGUUUGGUAUUCCACAGGAUGACUUGUCUGGGGUCAAACAUGCUGAUGCAGGUGUCACACCAGCACUUCGUAGGCGACGUGAACGUGCAGAACGCCACAGAACAUUCAUUAAUGAACAAGAAAUUAUCAAUGAGACUCGCCGAAGUUCACAGUCAUCAGACAACAAUGUGGAGGAUGAAAAUCGAAAAAACAGUGAAAUGUCAGGACUAAACAAGCAGGCAUCAUGGAUGAUGGACAUGAUGUAUGGGAAGCGAGAGGAUGAUGGAACAAGUCGUAGGGAGUCUCUGAGUAACAUUCAAGAUAUUGCCUCAAGAAUAUCCUGUCUUCAAGACAAAGAAAAUGUAGAUAAUAAUAUGCGUUUGCCCAUUGAGAUUAAUGCUGAGACAUCGGUUAGGGAACUACAAGAUAAGAUGAUCAAUUCCAGUACUGGUCAAGUAGUAGCGGAUGGUGAGAAGCAGGGACGGAAAGGUGAUAUUAGUGACCGUAUUAAUAAAAUCAAGGAUGGUUUAUCCAAAACACAUUCCAAGGGUGAUAUAAAGGAUGGUCUUAUUCAGGUACCAGAGCCACCAAAGAAGUCAGAGAAUGAUAUCCAGUGGGAACUGCUGAUAAAACACCUGAACCGACCCCUUGUCCUCUGUGACCUAGAUUUCACGGAUCUUACAGCUGGCGAUGACACUGUCAUGCCAGAAACUAAGAAAACUGGUGUACCGCCACCACCACCACCACCUAUGGGGGCUCCUCCACCACCACCUCCACCAUCAGGAGUUCCACCUGCCCCUGGGAUGCCACCAGCUCCUCCAGCUCCACCUGCACCACCACCCUCAGCAGAUGCUUCUCAGAAUGGUUUGGAUCCUCAGGAUUCGUCUCACAUCAAGGCACAGAAGACCAAGAAAACUAUUAAGUUGUUUUGGAAAGAGGUUCGGGAGGACCCACGGAUGCAUGACACCACCAUCUGGGAUAAGAUUGAGCAUAUUCUUGUUGAUACUCAGAAACUUGAGCAUCUGUUUGAAUCCAGAGCAAAGGAUAUCAUUGCCAAGGAGAAGCAGCAGGAGCAAAAGGGGGUGAAGGAAUUAAUAGUGUUGGACCCCAAGCGAUCAAAUGUUAUCAAUAUUGGCAUGACAAAGCUGCCACCACCACGUACAAUCAAGACUGCAAUUCUCAAGAUGGAUUCUUCAAUCAUCAACCGUGAGGGAAUAGAGAAACUGCUUACAACAAUGUUACCAACACCCGAAGAGAAACACAAGAUCCAAGAAGCUGCCAUCUCCAACCCUGAGUUGCCUCUGGGUUCAGCAGAACAGUUCCUUAUGAUGCUUUCGUCUAUCUCAGAACUUCCUGCCAGAUUAAAAUUAUGGAUCUUUAAACUAGACUAUGAAAAUAUGGAAAAGGAAGUUGCUGAUCCUCUGAUGGACUUGAAGCAAGGAACAGAAGAUCUACAAAAGAAUCGCACAUUCAAGAUCAUCCUCUCCGUUCUCCUCUCCAUUGGUAACUUCCUAAAUGGCACAGUAUGUCGUGGUUUCCAGAUUGAAUACUUAUCCAAAGUACCAGAAGUGAAGGAUACAGUUCACAAACACUCGUUGCUUCAUCACUUGUGUCACAUGGUUAUUGAGAAGUAUUCAGAUACUUCUGAUCUCUACUCAGAGAUUGGAUCUAUCACCCGCGCCUCUAAGGUCGACUUUGAAGAGCUGUCAAGUAACAUUGCUAAAAUGGAAGUGGACUGCAAGGCAUCGUGGGACCAUCUAAAGGCCAUUGCUAAGCAUGAUGGCCCCACACAAAUCAAACUCAAAAUGUCAGAGUUUUUAGCUGACUGUGCUGAGCGCAUCAUUGUUCUGGGUGUUAUCUAUCAACGAGUCAUGACCAGAUUUCAAAGGUUCCUAAUAUGGUUGGGUUCACCCCUACUGAUGGCUCAAGAGGUUAAAGUGCAGCAAGUGUGUUCCACCAUCAGUGAGUUUGCCCUGGAGUACCGCACCUGCCGAGAGCGUGUACUGCAACAGAUUCAGAAGAAGGCAAAUCACAGAGAGAGGAAUAAGACUCGUGGGAAGAUGAUCAUGGAGGAACCUGACUACAGAGCAAAUGGAAUCCUCAAGCCUUGUUUGAAGAGUCGAUCGAUGGAGAAGUUUAAGAGACCAAAACAGACAAAGGAAGAAAAGGCUGAUUCUGACCUCAGACAGCUUCUUAACUACUCUGAUGUGUCAGACACCGAGACCAUUCGUGGGAAGAACACGUGGAGGAGGACCAGAGAAAGUAAAACACGAAGUCGAGGUGAGGAGAGCAUGACGGAGAUGAUAGGUGAUGGUGAAGAUGCCUUACUAGACUCUUUGGUCAAGACGGCCACUCAAGGGCCAUCAUCUCGUUCCACACCUAGAGAACGGAAGAGGUCACGCCAUGCAGAUCGAAAAUCUUCAGCCAAGUAUUGCAGUGGUCGGAGUCGGUGGUCUCCCGAGCGUGGCCCACAGCGCCCCACCCGAGUGAACCAUACCAGAUAUCUCAAUGCGGCGGACCCUGAAGAAUGGGCUCACAGAGGAAGAAAAACGCCUGCUUGCCAUGAUUGCAGCCCAAACCCGCUGAGCUGCAACUAAGUAUUUCUACACCUACCGUCACCCACUCCUGCUUCACCCAAUUCUGGUCAUCAUCCAUUAUACCAAGACUCGUUCUAGAGUUUAUCUGACCAUUGUUAGAAACACUAUGACUAAGGUUUCUAGUGUAGGGUGAUAUUACCAACAGUUAUCCAGUGCAUAUGUGGGUGAUAUGAUCUAGUCAGUCAGGAGUGGUAAAGAACCAACUAAAGACAGCUCUGAUAGUGGUAGCCUCAGACACUUUGUAUAAAACAGACAACAAAGCCUUCCUAAUAGUUUGGAAAACUUUGAACACUUACAGAUUAUAUGUGGGUUUUCAAGGUGCAUGUCAUGAUUCAAAUGAUCACGUAUACAGUAUGGUAAAUAUAAAAUGCACUGCUACUAUCAACUGGCCCACUCCCAGUGAUGAGCCUCAUAUCUGCUGCACUCAUAUCCCUUUUCUGUGCACCUCUUUUCUUUCAUUACUUUUUAGAAUAUUCU